CGUGUCCCUCCUUUACGCCACAUGCUCCUGCGUGAUGACAUCACACCCACGCUAGGGAUAAAAGCCCAGCGAAGCGGCGGCUUCCGCCUUUUGAGAGGCCUGAGCGCGGGAGGGAUGGCGCCGCAGAAAGACCGAAAAUCAAAAAAUCAACUUGGAAGUUUAGCCCUUGACCUCACCCAUCCUGUAGAAGAUGGAAUAUUUGAUUCUGGAAAUUUUGAACAGUUCCUAAAGGAGAAGGUUAAGGUCAAUGGAAAAACUGGAAACCUGGGGAACGUAGUUCACAUUGAACGUUUUAAGAACAAGAUCACAGUCAUAUCUGAGAAGCAGUUCUCUAAAAGGUAUCUGAAAUACCUCACAAAGAAAUAUCUCAAGAAGAACAAUCUUCGUGACUGGCUUCGUGUGGUCGCAUCUGAUAAGGAGACAUAUGAACUGCGCUACUUCCAAAUCAUUCAGAAGGAGGAAGGAUCAGAGUCUGAGGAAUAAAUGAAGUUUUUACUGAAAGCUUUAUACUCUUAAACAGCGUACAAAAAGACUAAACAUCUAUUUAUGAAAAACACUUUAAUUAUUGGUGAUAAAGGUUUUGUACGCUGUUUCAAAAAACGUUCCCUGCUGAAGUCGUGGUCAGCUUACUAACCUUUCUUGUAUUUUCAUUCACAGUGAAAGGUCAGUGUAGAGAAUUGUACUUUGUUUGCAAUUCUCUUUCGGGGUAAAUCAGGAGUAACUCUUAAUGAAGUCAGUGGAGUUCCACUGUGUAAAACCACUGAAAGAGAGGAAAAUUGGGCACUUUGCACUUGCAUUACACUAAAUUGCAUGCAUUCAGAACACAAUCACAUUGGGUUUUGGCAUUCUUAUAGACUUCUUGUGACUCCAGAAGGCCUUUGACCAACUAUUUCCAUCUUAAUAUGCCUAAAAUUAAAAACCAUGUAAAGCUAAAAGUUUAACACUAAAUUUGUUCAAAUUAGAUAAAGUAAGGUUGAAAGCAUGUGUAAAGAUGUCUCUCUGACAUUCAUGCCCUGUUUCAGGUGAGCUGCAUCAAGGUUUACCUCCCCAAAUCCCUCUGUCUCCCAAUGGAGGAAAAGAGUCAUUAAUAGCUCUCUGGACAUACUGCUUUAGAUCCUGAUUAAGCCUACAUAAUCUUUGCAUGGACGGAUUCCUCUGUCUGCUGAUCCCCUAGCACUGUGAAGGGGGUAGAAUCCGCACUUCUGCAAUAUUGAGUCCAGCAGAGGUGAUCCACAUGGGACAGGAGGAUGUGCAUAGGAGAUUAUCUGGGAAAGGUAAUACAGUCAAGUGCUUAGGGGGGUGUGCUGUGUAUGGUCUUGGCUCUCAGGAGUCCCCUGACAGAGCUGUGCGGCCAUGGGGGUGACUUGCAAGAAGGCACACAGGGCUGUGCGAUAGCCUUCUGUGAAUCCCACAAGGAUUGUGGGUAGGCUCUGGAUCAAAAGUGUAGAGGCCAAUGAAAAGCUUGGGGAGAAACUGAAGGAUUUUCAGGAAGCUUUCCUCCUUUGGUCCCUUCGUACACAUUUUAAUACCUCUGUUUUCAUUGGCAGAAAUACUAAGUUGCAUAAAGAGAAGAAGAACCCUGAUUUAAAAAAAUUCCACUUGUGAGCAUCCCAAAAAGAAUAAAAACAUGAAUUAAAAUUGUUUGAAGAAGAGCAUUAGAUACUUUAGCUGUAUAUGUGUGGUAUCCUAUAUUUAAGUGAAGUAUUUCUACAUCAAACAGAUUAGUGGAUAUUAACUGUUAAAGUCACUAGACCGUUCUCCUGUUCUUUGCAAGUUAAUAGUGGGUAGUUUGAAGAUUGCUGUACAAUGUAGCAAGGGAACACCAACCUCUUCCAGGAUAAAAGGAGGAGAUUCAUGUUCCAUGUAGUUAAACAUAGAGAGCCUGAGCAAGGUAGGUGAUAACAAAGGUGAGCUUUAUGGAAUAGCAAUUUUUGUUGCAUAUUCCUGGGGGUGAAGCAGGAGGUUCUAAAGAGUAUAACAUAAUUUUGUGCUUGAACUAGCAAGUAUGAAUCUACCAUUAUGAAGUGUGGCUCUGGGAGUGUUCAAGUUCCUGGUGGAUUUCUCUCUACCCUCAGGCAAGAUGUUUUUGGCUGACCUAGCAUACACAACUACCUAUUAAGAAAACUGCUAAAAUACAAGACAAUGCUGAAAAAUAAAAGCCAGCUGUCAAACAUUUAUAAUCCAAAUAAAGGGAAGUAAAUGUAAUAUAAAGUGUCCAAAAAAAAAAAAAAAGUUAGGCUCGUUGUUUUUCAAUUGCAACUGCUCCUAAAAUACAGUCAACAAGAGGAAGUUGAAGUUGGAAAAUGGCCACAGCUUGAUGUCAGUUGUCAUAGCUUUAGGACUUUAAUAGCACUAUGACAAUUGACAGGCAGCUGAGGAUUUUCCCCCAUCCUCCCAAAUUGACGAAACAAUACAAUAGCAACUCCACUUCUCUGAAGUAAUUAAUCUUUUAAUUGAAGAUGUCUAGCAUUUUUUCAAAAUAACUGCCACCCUGCCCCAUAGUGUACUUGUUCUCGUAUGGCUGUGACUUCUGCAACCAAGCUGGAAGGGGUUGCAAGCACUUUGAGCAUAGGAUUAAAAUUCAAAAUUGAUCCUGGACAAACACUGGGGAAAUGGUCUGAAGCAAAUAGGAUGAAAUUCAAUAAGGACAAAUGCAAAGUACUCCACUUAGGAAGGAACAAUCGCACACCUACAAAAUGGGACGUGACUGCCUAGAAAGGAGUACUGCGGAAAGGGAUGGGGGGGGGGGGGAAGAGGAGUCACAAUGGAUCACGAGCUAAAUAGGAGUCAGUGUAACACUUGCAAAAAAAGCAAACAUUCUGGGAUGUGUUAGGAGUGUUUUAAGCAAGACAUAAUUCUUCUGUGCUGAUACAGUGAUUGCAUCCAGUUCUGGAUGCCACAUGUCAAGAAAGAGUAGAAAAAAUUGGAUAAAGUCCAAGGAGAGCAACAAAAAUGAUUAAAGGUCAAGAAAACGUGACCUAUAAUAACAAAAGGUUGAAAAGUUUGGGUUUGUUGAGUCUGGAGAAGAGAAGACUGAGUGGGGACAUAACAGUUCUCAAGUACAGAAAAGGUUGUUAUAACGAGGCAGAAGAAAAAUUGUUCUCGUUACCCACUGAAGCUAGGACAAGAAGCAAUGAGCUUAAAUGGCAGCAUACUUCCUGUCAGCGUUGUUAAGCACUUGAAUAAAUUGUGUAGGGAGGUGGUGGAAUCUUGGUCAUUGGAGGAUUUUAAGAGCAGAUUAGACAAAUACCUUUUAGGGAUGGUCUAGAUAAUACUUGGUCAUGCCUUGCUUGCAGUGGAUUGGACUAGAAGACCUCUAGAGGUCCCUUCCAGUCCUCUCUUGUGUGAAAACUUGUGACCUUGCUCACAGCCCUGAUGGUGGUCUCUCUUAGAGAUGCUGAGAUGCACAUCUUGAAAGACUCAAAGGUAGGAAGAAGAAAGGUUGCCAGACUCCUAUAAUUUCCCUUCUGUUUUUGAAACAUCUUAGCCAUAAUGGUCAAUAAAUACGGCCCUAGCUCUGAAUGAAUAUAGAAUGAUAAUUGUAGUAGUCUUCAAAUAAAUACUGCUGGUUGAAAAUCAGGCCCCUUCCCUGUUGCGUACCUAAAAACUGAGGUCACUAGUCACUUUUGGAAAUCUAGGUUCAGGACAGGGAUUUGCUCUUGUGUGUUUGUACAGCACUCAGCAUAAUUCCUGAUCAGAGCCUUUGAAGACUAUCAUAAAUACUUACUGCAAUUAUAACAUGUAUAACAAUUUUGUUUCUAAUCAGAACUGAAACCAGUUAGUUGUGUCUUUACAGCUGCCCAAAUUUAAGCAAAGUAGUAUUGGGCCAAAUUCUGCUCUCAUUCAGCACAGCGUAAAUCUGGAGUAACUCCAUUGAAGUCAUUAGUGUUCUUUGUGUUUAUUUGAAAGCCAAAGACCCUGAGUGUUUUUCACAGGAAUUUCAAAUUUGAACACUGAAAUAAAAAAAAGUGUUAAAAGAUGUUGCUUUUUGGCUGUAAGUGCACAAACAAUGCGCUCAGAAACCAUCCCACCCCCCCCAAACCUUACCAGUGUAUUUUUUUUGUUGCUGUAUUUAGUUAGACAAAGAAAGGCUCGUGAUUACAGUCCAAAAAAAAUGCCCCGCUCUGUUUCAAAGAGUCACAUUUCAAAGCAAUAAGCUGCCCUUUCAAACAGACUGACACAACAUCCCUGAAGCAGCUUUAACACCUACAGGAUACCACUACCAUGUUUUCUGUCCUUUGCUUUAAAGGGUGUUGGCUGUUACUCUUGCAAUUGCUAUUUAGCCUAAGCUACACACUCAUUAUUCAAAAGCUAUGAAAACAAAGAUCUGGGAUUUCACAGCACUGCAACAUCAUUCCACUGAUAUGGCUCAGUGCAAACUGCAAAAACACUCAAACUGAUAUUUUAAAAGGGAGUUUAAUUAUUUCCUGAGCACUGAUAGGGUACUCUGAUUGAUAAUGGAGCAGAAUUUUCAAAGGCCCACUUUUCCAUGACCUUCACAUACGUGUUGACUUUUCAAACAAAAUUUCCAAGUGGCUUUUGAAAUAAAUUGCUCCAGAAUUUCAUGUCUAAUGAGAAACCUUUUCCUGUAAAGUUACAGCCUAGAAAUGAUUACUAAUGAUUGAUAAAUGCAUACAUGCCUUCCACUUCUACACUGCAUGGUGCAGAGGGGGCAGAUUGGUCAAUGUGUAGGAUGUGUACGGCUUCUGUUUUGCAGGGUUUAUAAAUAUAAUUUGGGGGGCUAGUUUUAGCCAUUUAAAUGGCCAAAAAUCAGGGGGGUUUCAGGGAUCUCUCAUUGUGUAGCCUAGUGACUAAUGUAAUGUAAUACAUAAAAGUGCACAAAAUAUACAUUAUUAAUUACAGAA